AAAAAAAAAAAAAAAGUCCAUGAAUGGAUGUAAGAAUUGGUGAUGUGGUCUAGAAUCUAGUUAUGUUAUCGUCUAGAUUUCAUCACAUAUAAAACCUCCACUAAACCCUCAUCUCCUUCAAUUCUUACAUUUUCCCUGAAUAUGAUUGUAACAACACUAAACCCUAAGCUCCGAUCUUCAUCUCAAUCGACCAACCCUUUCAGUUGUGUUUCUUGAAUUGUUCUGCACUUUUUUCGCUAAUGAGUGGGGGAGCUCGGUCUCGUACGAACAGUAAACCAUCCAUCAAUUAUAAAUAUAACCCUCAUGGAGGAGCUAGUUUUGACGUUGUGGAUGUUACGCGCGAAGAUUACGCUCCCAGUUCCCAUAACAACUCAAAAAACCCUGCCAAUCAAGCUGAAGCCAGAUCGUCUGUACUAAGCACUGCUUAUGUCAUAUCGGGAGUCGGCCAGUUAUGGAAUUUUGCAACCUCAACAAUUCCCGUACGCCAUAGGACGACAUCAGCACAAAACACUGCAAUCCUUCAGAAAGAAAAUGCGUUAAAUACGUUAUACUUUCCAGCUGAAGAAGGAAAUAUAGUUGCAUCAAUUUCUUCCGAGGGUCAUAAUGUCUCGGUUAACUUAAAAGCCGAUAGCGACGUUUCACCGAAUGUGCAAAAAGACUUGGAUUUUAUACAUGUAGAGAAAAAACUUAGUUGUUUCAGUGAGUCUCGCGUUUAUAAUUAUCUUUUGAGAUGCAUGCAUACUGAUUCUGGUAAGACGAUUCUAUCAUCUGGUGAAAAACGGGUCUCUAGUGUACUGAUAUCAGAUGGAUUGCAAGAUAUAUAUGGAUGGAUGAACACAGUACAGAUUUCGAGACCGACAUACGACGCUGGAGAAACAAAUAAUCUUGAAAGAAGUGAUCCAGAUGAAACUACUACUUCUGAUAAUGGUAUGACCUCAAAAAACGAUGUCUGUUACGAUCGAUUAGCUGAAAAUAAGGAAUCUUUAUCUAAUGAAAAUAUGAAAAGUAUUACCGAAAUAAACACCGAGUCCUGGCAUGAGAAAGAGGAUGCCUUACUUGAGACAAAAGAGGGUCAAAGAAGUCAAUUUCCAAACGAGGAAAGUUCUGUUGUGCAUGUUUUUACUUCAUCAUCGAAUAAACCACAGUAUGGACUUGCAAAGCAAGAGCAUGCUUUCGCUGGAGCUUUUGCGGGUACGUUCGUUAGCCUGUGUUUGCACCCGAUGGAUACAGUUAAGACUGUCGUGCAGUCUUGCCAUACUGACCAAAGAUCUAUACCUUAUAUCAGCAAAUCGAUUAUAUCCGAAAGAGGCUUAUCAGGACUUUACCGUGGAAUCGCAAGCAAUAUCGCUUCAUCAGCACCUAUUUCUGCAAUUUAUACUUUCAGUUAUGAAUCGGUAAAGGCGGCUUUGCUUCCUCUUUUUGCUAAGGAAUAUCAUUCAUUGGCUCAUUGUAUCGCUGGAGGUUGUGCAAGUGUUGCUACUUCUUUUGUUUUUACUCCAAGUGAACGAAUAAAGCAGCAGAUGCAAGUUGGUUCACACUAUCGCAGCUGUUGGAAUGCGUUUUUAGGAAUUGUCGGGAAAGGAGGCUUUUUAUCGUUGUACAAUGGAUGGGGAGCCGUGCUCUGUAGAAAUGUUCCUCAUUCUAUCAUUAAGUUUUAUACAUACGAGGGUUUAAAGAGUGUAUUACUCACUUCAAAUGACGUGCACGGUCAGUCAACUACAAUAUCAACGCUAUUAUGCGGAGGAUUAGCUGGAUCUACUGCUGCCUUAUUUACAACCCCUUUUGAUGUCGUGAAGACGAGAUUACAGACACAGAUACCUGGAUCUGCAAGCCGCUAUAAUGGUGUAUACAACACUCUUAGAGACAUAGCCCAACAUGAAGGCCUGCAGGGUCUAUAUAGGGGGUUGACUCCAAGAUUGUUCAUGUACAUGACGCAAGGAGCACUGUUUUUUGCAUCUUACGAGUCGUUUAAAAGAUUACUUUCUUUGGAAGCUACUCAACUGGAAUCUGCAUCGAAGUGUUCGUGAUUCAACAUUUAAGUGAUUUUGGGGACCAACCGGUUACUGUUUUUUGAUUCUUUUAGGUGUCAUAGAUGUAAGAUAUGAGAAAUUCAUUGAGUGCAUAGUUCUUAUAUAGAGAGGGAUACUUUAAGAUAUGCUGAAAUGAGGAUCAAAGGGGAAACAGAAACACUUCUUUUUUGUAAAAAUAUUGUUUUGCUGAAAUGAGCAUUUGCUGCCAAUUCUUUUAUUUGUCA